AUGUUUUCAUCUUAUCGAAAGAAAUUGUUUGAUUAGAAACUUGCUGAGUAGCAAUAAAAUCUCCAUUAAUAGAAAGAACUGAAAAUAAGAUAGAGUCGAGGUUAAAUUGAUCAAAGAGCACUCGCUACCUAUUUAGGAGCGUACAUUCAAAUGAAAUAAAUCGAGGAUUUCUUUUAUGAAUAAUGUACCAAUUAAUGCAUUGAUAUCUAAAACGAGUGGAUGAAUGAUAAGGAAAGAUAGUGUUUGACUGAUUGCAAUAGUAAAAUAACAAAAUUCACCAAAAUUGCAAAAGACAAUUAUGCAAACAUAGACGACGAAACCAAAAAGAUUGUUUCUUCUGUUUCUUCAUUGCUAAGUAGAAGAUGAUUUAUAAUAAAUUUAAUAUUUUAUAUACCAAUUAGAGAUCUU